AUGUCGUUUGAUCACGCCUCUGAUGAUAAGCUUAAUUUCGAAACCUCGGAAAGUGUUAAAGUUGUACCUACUUUUGACUCUAUUGGACUGAAAGAAGAUUUACUUCGUGGUAUUUAUGCUUAUAACUUUGAAAAGCCUUCUGCAAUUCAACAAAGAGCUAUUGUUCCCAUCAUCAAAGGACGUGAUGUCAUUGCUCAAGCCCAGUCAGGUACUGGUAAAACAGCUACCUUUUCUAUUUCAGCUUUGCAAGUUAUCGAUACCACCAUUAAAGAAACACAAGCAUUAAUCUUAUCACCAACUCGUGAAUUAGCCACACAGAUUCAAAGUGUUGUAUUGGCUCUCGGUGACUACAUGAACGUGCAAUGCCAUGCUUGUAUUGGUGGCACUAAUGUGGGUGAAGAUAUUCGUAAGUUAGAAGCUGGUGUUCAAGUCGUUUCUGGUACACCUGGUCGUGUUUAUGACAUGAUCCGUCGUCGUACUUUACGUACACGUAAUAUCAAGAUGCUCGUUCUUGAUGAAGCCGAUGAACUUUUAAAUCGUGGUUUUAAAGAUCAAAUUUAUGACGUCUAUCGUUAUCUUCCACCUGGAACACAAGUUGUCCUUUUGUCUGCUACACUUCCAAAUGACGUUUUAGAAAUGACUAAUAAUUUCAUGACAGAUCCCAUUCGUAUUCUUGUCAAACGUGAUGAAUUAACUUUAGAAGGCAUCAAGCAAUUCUUUGUUGCUGUUGAACGUGAAGAAUGGAAAUUUGAUACUCUAUGUGAUUUGUAUGAUACUUUGACAAUUACACAAGCUGUUAUUUUCUGUAAUACUAGAAGAAAGGUCGAUUGGUUGACUGAAAAGAUGAGAGAAGCAAACUUUACAGUAUCAGCCAUGCAUGGUGAAAUGCCUCAAAAAGAACGUGAUGCUAUUAUGCAAGAGUUCCGUCAAGGUGCUAGUCGAGUAUUGAUUACAACAGAUGUUUGGGCUCGUGGUAUUGAUGUACAACAAGUUUCAUUGGUUAUUAAUUAUGAUUUACCUUCCAAUCGUGAAAACUAUAUCCAUCGUAUUGGUAGAUCAGGUCGUUUUGGACGUAAGGGUGUAGCAAUCAAUUUUGUCAAAAAUGAUGAUCUUAAGAUUUUACGUGAUAUUGAACAAUACUAUAGUACACAAAUUGAUGAAAUGCCCAUGAAUGUUACCGAUUUGAUUUAA